AUGGCGGCCCACCAGUCCCUCCGACAGAACCACUGGCCUAGGACCUCCCUGUGUGAAGACGACUUCCUCACCAUGGCGACCCCACGGUCCCUUCUCAACAUGGAGCCCCACGACCUCCCCAUCAUGAGUGCAUCCGACAGCCAACAGCUUUCCCACCCCCCACCCCCGGGAGGCUGGCCCCGGUUCACUCCCUGGAUUUUGAGAGGUCCUGUGGGUAUUCCUUUCCGCAGCCCCACUUUAAUUUUCUGUUUCUUUCUGGUCUCAGUGAAAUUGUUGCCAGUGGACUGCGAGAGGAAAAACGAUGAGUUCUGUCAGGCCAAGCAGAAGGCGGCCUUGCUGGAGCUGCUGCACGAACUCUACAACUUCCUGGCCAUCCAAGCCGGGAACUUUGAAUGUGGGAAUCCAGAGAAGCUAAAAAGCAAGUGCAUCCCUGUAGCGGAAGCCCAGGAGUACGUAGCAAAUGUGACCGGCAGCUCCACCGCCAAGUUUGAAGCCGCACUGACCUGGAUACUAAGCAGCAACAAGGACGUGGGCAUCUGUUUGAAAGGGGAAGACCCAUCUGAAUUGGUGACAACCGUGGACAAGGUGGUCUGCUUGGAAUCCGCCCGCCCCCGCAUGGGUGUGGGCUGCCGCCUGAGUCGGGCCCUGCUCACCGCCGUCACCCACGUGCUCAUCUUCUUCUGGUGCUUGGCCUUUCUGUGGGGACUCCUGAUCUUCCUGAAAUAUCGGUGGCGCAAGUUAGAAGAGGAGGAGCAGGCCAUGUAUGAGAUGGUGAAGAAGAUUAUAGAUGUGGUCCAGGACCACUACGUGGACUGGGAGCAGGACAUGGAGCGCUACCCGUACGUGGGCAUCCUGCACGUGCGCGACACACUCAUCCCUCCGCAGAGCCGGAGGCGCAUGAAGCGGGUCUGGGACCGCGCUGUGGAGUUCCUGGCCUCCAACGAAUCCCGGAUCCAGACGGAGUCCCACCGCGUGGCUGGAGAGGACAUGCUGGUGUGGAGAUGGACUAAGCCCUCUUUCUUCUCCGACUCAGAGCGAUAAAGCUCGCGGGGCCUGUCCCCUCAGGGGCUCGAGAGGGCCACCGACCUGCUGGUGCUGAAUUCACACUUGCCUUGACUUUCACCUCCUGACUCUCAUCCAAAGGUCUCUGCAAACUCCAGAGCCUCGCUGGUGGGAAAGCCGAGCUUCCCCGGAGGGUGGGGAGGGCCGGGCAGAGGCGCCGCUGUCCUCUCUGUUGGCCCAUCCUCUGCCGGCAGAGAAGUGGAGAAAGGUUUAUCGUUCGCGAAUAGAAGAGAAGCAGCGGCUGAGACCCUGGCGAGCACAUGGGGGUUGGGUGUGGACUCUGGGCAGGGGCUGGGGUGGCCGGGCCGGGAGCAGCCGUCCAUGUGCCUUCAGGGGUUACCUGGGAGCUCUAGCGGCUGGGGCCUCCCCCUGAAGGGGAGGGCCUGUAGGAGAAGUCUGGCCCUGGACACUGGCCCUCGUGCCAGGUGUGAGCUGCUGCCGUGGCCUCCGGGGAGGAGCCUGGGGGAGUCACAGGGCCUGAGGGAGGAGGUGGGCUGCCACCAGCCACCAUCUCCGCAGCCCACCUUCAGUGGGGCCUGUCACAGAAGACGAGGUUUUACAGGCCAGACCUGCAGCCAGGCACCGCAGCCGCCGAGGGUGCCUCGCCCUUCCAGUGUGGGAGGUCUUGUUUACAGCAACCACAGCCUCCCCACCCGGGCCUGGGGAACCGGGACCUGCAGCGCCGUGAGGCGGGGGCCACCACUGCCCGGGCUGGCCACGGGGAGCCUGCCUGCCGCCCUCAGCCCCUCCUGGCUGCCGCUCAGCAGUGGCCUGCGGGUGGGGGUCUCCAGAAACAGGCCAGAGGCACCUGAUGAAGUGCAGGAGCCUCUCCAACGGAGUCUCAUCCCCAGAUGUUUGCAUCUGCAGCAGGUGGGCAGGUGGGGAGACGCAACAGCUGCCUCCAAAAGGCAUUAACCACCCCUGCUGGGCUUACUGGUAUCUCGUUUCUUAAUAAAGCUCCAGUCUCCCUCUUU